UUACGUCUGGAACGGGUUUCAAUAAUAUCUUUGUUAUUGGUAUAUUUUACUAAAUAAUAUACUGUGAAAACACGUAAGGUAAUUGGAUUUUAAGGAAAAAUGUCGUCUACAGUGAAAGCAAGCAGACCCAAUGAUUAUAUGUAUGAUUCUGCGUUUAUUGUUUCUGGAUCAAAGGAUUACUACAAGCAUGCGGUUAAUUCAAAAAUGUCUGAGGCGAAAUAUGCGAUUUGUCCCAUAUUUCCAACUAUGUUUUCUGAUAUGCAAAAUUAUCCUAGAAAGCAGUACGUGAUGAGGACUAUCGGUCCUAUACCUCAAUACGAGCCCAAAACGCAGGAUAGCAAAUUCCCAGUAAAGGGAAUAUUAUCAGGUGUUGAUAGAUACAAAUAUUAUCAUAAUGCAGUUGUCCCAGAACCUUCGGAGGUUGAGGUUCCUAAAUUGGAUAUGAAUUGUUUCUAUGAUAUUGAUGAGGAGAAAGAGAAGGUUGUGGAACAAUCUAAAACUGCUGGCAAGAAGAAAAAUGUUACUGUGCAAACGAUGUACAGGGAAUCGUCGGCGCAGACUUCUCCUUGGCAGCCGAACUUCAAAGUGGUUGAAGGAGACCCUGAACUGUUAAAAUUGGAUUUCCUGAAGUGGGGUAGUGGUCUGCCAGUGGGUUUUCAUGAAAUAAGUUUGAUCGAAAGAGCUAGGAUGAAACGGUCUUGGAUGAAGCCAGGAGGACCGAUCACAAGUAUCAAAGCUAGGACCGUGGCGAUCGAGGAAGUCGAAAGAAACGAAUGGCUCUUUCGUGAACAGGAGAUUCAAGAUGUCCAAAAUCUACGGAUGGAAUUGCUAGAGCAGAUGCUCAGCGAGAUUCAGAAAAAGUCCAAGUGUCGGAAUGAGAAGAAAAUGAGAAAUUUCUGUGAUAUAAAGAUUAAAGAGAAGCAACAGAAAUUGGAUGCUUUGCACAAAAAUCGUGAUAGAGAGAUGAGACGUUUGGAGUUGAAUUACAAGGGAAUUUUAACGAAAUACGGGCAUGUGAAUGUGUUUGAUGAAAUCGCCGAUUACAAAUCGGAAUUGUACAUGCCUUUGAUCCGGCACGGAUCAAAUCCCAAGUACGGUCAUCAAGUCAUAACGAAAUCUUUGAGGAAUUAUAAACCGCAAUAUUUUGGAGUGGAAUUGUACGAUACUAUGCCUGAUGGAUUGACGAAGUGUCCUAAAAUCAAGAAUCUUAAGCUUCCCGGUGCAAGGCUUUGCCCGCGCGAAACCAAAUGGACGGCGCCUAUUUUGAAGAACUUGCAUAAAGAACUGAAAACUUUGGUUGAUGAGGGGAAGAAAACUGUAUCGCUGAGAGUUCGCAUCGAAGAAACGAUUACAGGAAUGCUUACACCGGAGAUCGAACAUGUCAGCGAUGAGGAAGAAGCUUUGUAUCAACACAGCGUGUUCAUCCAGAAAGUUCUGCGCGGGAGAGCCUCUCAAAUUUCGGUUCUUCAAGGUAGAUAUAAAUGCCGUGAGCUCAUCGAGGAGCUAAAGUCAAAUUUCACGGUACUCAAGAGCGCCAAAGGGAAAAUUACGAAGAAAAUAGAGCGAACUAAGCAGCAGCAAAUAAACGCUACACGCUGCGCGAAUGACAUGAAACUGCUGGAAUCGUGUUUGAAGAAAUUGAGUGCGAACGUUGUUGGUACGCUUUUAGAUUUCCUUAAUAAAGAACUGGCUAGAUUGCAUAAGGAGAGGGCAUGUCACGCGAUGACUCUUUUGGUGAAUCGGGAAAGGAUUAAAAGGGAAGCGGCGGAGGCCGGCAAAAGACAGAAAGAGUUGCGUAGAAGAAAGGAGCACGACGAAAUAUUUAAGCAAACCAUUAAAAUCCAUCAAGAAACGGUGGAUUUGUAUCUGCAAGAUAUAAUCACGGAGGGAAUGGAUUUUACGUCCAAGGAAGAAGCCAAACGAUACGUGGAUAAUUUGGCACAUCAAAUUGACGAACAAAGUCGAAAAAUUGAAACUGGUGACCUAAUGGAGAAAGCUGACUACAUUGCUGAGCUGGUGCAUCACUUUGUUAUACCUGAAGUUGAGAAGAAAAUGGUAGCCCAAAAGAACAAAGCUAAACAAAUGCACAAUCUUAAAGAGGCGCAUGAGACGAUUUAUGGAAAUAUAGAAACAAUGCAUCCCUUGAAACAUGAUAAACACAAGCAAUCAGGUAGCAGCAAGUCAUCAGAGACUGAAAUCUACCGCGAAAGAAUUAGCAAUAUCAAAGCGACGAUGGCAGUGAAUGAAGUCACUAGUCUACUAAAUGAAUUGGUGUCGCUUCCUCCCAAAUUAGAAGCUUUACGUAAGAUGAAACCGUGCUUCGCUUAUAGUUUAGAGUCUAUUGAAGGUGGAGAAGGAGAAGACGGGAAAGACAAAGAAGAAAUUUUAGGAAUUUUACAUUAAUAAU